AUGGCCUCGCCUGAGUCUAAUUGGUUAAUAGUCAGACUGUUCAGCUCCUUUACAGAUGGUGUGAUGGAGCAGGCUCUCCAGUCCGAUGCCCCACUGGGCAGGUCCAGAUCAAUGGUGUCGUACUGCGUAUCUCCGUAUGCUGCAAUGUGCAUGUCGACUGCCAUGGUUCUGAACAGAAUUCUGGUGUUUGCCUCGUCAAGACGGAAUAGGAAAUUACCUUUGGUGUCUAUCGUUGUCCUGCGUGUCUUGGCUUUGUUCAUUCUCUUCAAAGGCAGUUACGGAGUGAUCUCAUGUAUUAAAUCAUAUACCCAUUCGCAUCUGGUGUUCAGACUGAUACCGGAUUAUUACCAAUUUGAUGUCAAGACGUUCUUUCAAAAGACUUUUUUGAACAUGAGCUACGGGACUGCUUCUUGGGAGGACAAAGGUCCCACUCCAACGGUGUUGAAACCCUUCUACUUGUCGCUUUGCCUGUCCCAGAUAAUUGAAACUUUUAUCGCAAUUGCGUCUGGCAACGACCCUUCGGUUGAAUCUGGAAUUACGCUUUUUGAGUAUUCUUUGGCGUUCCAAGAGGUGCAAACCUCGAAGAGACCAUCUAGAGAGCUGCUGACUUUGGCAUUCGCGUCCCUCGUCAACCACUCUCUUAUUCACAUCUUGAGCCUAGGGAACCUGGAAAAGUAUAGACUCAUUCCUAGCUCCAUUGUUGGACUGGCAGUGCUGUACUAUGUUGCAGACACCAUAUUGUCUUUGAGAUUCAGACUGAUGCCGUUUGUGCUAGUUGUUGGAUACCUACCCCAACUGAUUACGCUUUUCAUUAUUGCUCUUUGCACUGUCAUCUUUGUACUGGCUUCUGUCUUCAAAGGCUCGUUCACAGACUCGACAUUUGCUACCUUGAACAAUCUCGAGUCCCUGAACAUAUCUCUCUCGGAUGACUUCCAAAGCACUCUGAUGACCCUUGGCGGAUUUGCAAUCAAUGCCACCGGAAGAAUCUCCUACAACAGGGAGAUUUCUGGGAUCAAAAUACCACAAACAACUUGGGUUGAUAUGAAGCAGUCUAGCGCUCUCUUCUUCGAGGAUGCACAAAAGACCAAGAAGAAGCUGGGUUAUGCCAACGAUCUACAGUACCAUCCGGACAUGGUGAGUCUGGGCGACCUCAACGCCUCAAAGCUCAGGCACUGGAAACUGCUCACCAGAGCGAGACAGACCAAGGAUCUCCUGGUGGAUAUGUGGGAUCUUGUGCUAUCUCUUGCCUUGAGACGAACGCCGAAGUUUCUGGAAAGAACUACAAGUGAUGGGGCAAUUCCGCCAAUGACAGAUCCACGGGGAAGUGGACAGAUCUACAAUCAAAGAAAGAGUUACGUUAAUGCAGACGCGUUUGACAUGGAUAAAUACUCCUACGCGCAGUUACUAUUAGGUGAUGACCUGCAGGAUGUCGACACUUCGCUGGAUUUUGACGAGGCCACGGCAGACGAAAGCGACCCAGACAAUGUUGCAGAAGAAUACCAGAGCGAUUACGAAUCCGAUAUCGAGAUUAUUGGAGCGUCAUCAUUGGCAUUGGCCAGGAGGGCGGAGGCACCAAAUUACUCGAAACAGACGCAACCAGAGGCAAUCAUGUCGUAUGAAGAACUGUCUGCGUUGUUAUCUCCUUCGACCCAGCAGGAAGUGAGAAUGGCCAGGAUCAUGAGUGCCCAUUUAAAAGCAAAUGACAAGCCACUGACCAGAUCAAGCUUUAGUUCGUCGGCCUGGAAACUGGAGGACGUGAUACUGGAAAACCGUCACAGACAUCAGAGCAUCGAGGACUCCGACGACGAGGACUUUGGAAUAGGCACGUGCGUUGUUUGCCAAACGAACCCAAGACAGAUCAUCCUAUGGCCGUGCAAAUGUCUAGCAGUAUGUGACGUUUGCCGAGUUUCGCUCGCAAUGAGGGCGUUUGACGAAUGCGUUUGCUGCAGAAGAAAAGUGCAGGGCUACAGCAAGAUUUACGUACCUUGA